GUUCUAGCAUCUGGCCAGGGCGGCAGCCUGAGAGCCAUGGAGCCGCUGGGUGCAGCACUGUCCUGCCCGUGUGCAUGAAGCUGCUUACAUUGCCUGCACUGCUGCUCUCCUGUUCCCACAACUUCUGCAAACAGUGCCUGGAGCUGAUCUUGGUUUGCCAGAAUUGCACCCAGGUCCAGGGACGGUUCUGUUAUCCAGUGUGUAGGCAAGACAUUUAUUUGAAGGGCAGGGGAACAAAUGGAUUGCAGGGAAACAUCCUGGCUGAAAAUAUCUUGGAAAAGCUUAAGGAAGUACUUGAGACACUUCACACUGGGGAGCAAAACCAGCUCGCUCAGAUGUGUGAAAAGCGUGCAGAAAUCAUGAAUCUGAUGUGCCUAAGUGAUGAAAAGCCAAUAUGCAGGAUAUUCAAACCCUCUGGGGACUACAGUUCCUACCAGGUAGCCAAGAUUGCUGAUGUGUACACAGAGAGGAAAGCUAGCUUUGCUGAGGACAUUCAGCAGGUACUGCAGAGAUCUCAGAGCACAGCCCAGGAAACGGAGGUAUGGCUUGAAUGGUUCCUCUCCUGUCCCCACAUUAACAGGAAGACAAUGUUUGGUUCUGGUUUCAACAGUUUUCUCUUCAGAGCACUAGGCCAACAAAGGACACAGAGAGGCUCAUCAGACCUGUCCACCAGCACCACCAGCACAUGGACCAUGAUCAAAACCAUCGGAAACUGCCUGAUCAGCGGCAUCCACAGCCGCAGCCACAUGGUUACCUCAAAGCAGGAGCUGGAGCAUGCCUCCGAGUUGGAGAGGCUGCAGUGGGUGGCCCGGGACCUCGCAGCCCCCCGCCAGCUCUGCCACCAGAUGCUGAGGCUCCUGCAGCAGCACCGGAAUGCGAUACAGUUUCUGGAAGAAAGGACAAAAAGUUCAGGACGGAGAUGA